AUGCCAGCGGUUGACAGGAUAGAAGACGGCCCCGAUACGAUCAGAAUACUUUUGACGACGGAUAAUCAUGUUGGGUACCUUGAAAACGACCCGAUCCGAGGCGACGAUGGGUGGAAGACUUUUGAAGAAAUCACCCAGAUUGCCCACGAUCGCGGCGUCGAUAUGAUGCUUCAAGGCGGCGAUCUUUUCCAUGUGAACAAGCCGAGUAAGAAGUCGAUGUACCAUGUGAUCAAGUCUUUGCGGGGCAAUUGUAUGGGGGAUAAGCCGUGUGAGCUUGAGUUGUUGAGCGAGCCUGCGGAUGUCAUGAACAACGGCAUCGACGAGGUCAAUUAUGAAGAUCCCAAUUUGAACAUCUCGAUCCCCGUGUUUGCCAUCAGUGGCAAUCACGAUGACGCGACUGGCGAGGGAAUGCUACUGGCGUUGGACGUGUUGGCCGUGUCUGGACUCAUAAACUAUUUUGGUAAGGUUAAGGAUACCGAUUCGGUGCAUGUUAAGCCUAUUUUGUUACAAAAGGGGCGGACAAAGUUGGCAUUGUAUGGAAUGUCCAACCUUCGGGACGAAAGAAUGCACCGGUUGUUUAGAGAUGGAGCUGUCAAGUUUGAGAGACCGGGCGUGGAGACAGACGAGUGGUUCAAUUUGUUUGUAAUUCACCAGAACCAUGCCAUGCACUCUUUCAAAUCAACCAUCCCUGAAAACUUCUUGCCUCCAUUUCUUGAUUUCGUUCUUUGGGGCCACGAGCAUGAAUGUAUACCUCACGCGGUGCACAAUCCUGAAACUACAUUUGACGUGUUGCAAGCCGGCUCGUCACUAGCAACGUCGCUUUGUGAGGGAGAAGUUGCCGAUAAAAAGGUGUUUAUACUUUCAAUCAAAGGAGGUGACUAUUCGUUGCAGCCGAUUGCCUUGCAAACGGUGCGCCCCUUUGUGAUGAGGGAGAUUGUCUUGCUGAAGACUGAUUUAAUUGCCGGAGUCGCUUCCAAAGCCGACGUGAUUGGGUUCUUGACCCAGGAGGUUGAAAAGGCUAUAGAGAAAGUGAACCUGACGCGAAACGCUGGUUCAAAUCGGGAGCUUUACUUGCCAUUGAUUCGACUACGGGUUGAGUAUAGUGAUGGAUACGAAAUUGAGAAUGCCCAGAGGUUUUCGAAUCAGUUUGUUGGCCGAAUAGCCAACGUGAAUGACGUGGUGCAAUUCCACAAGAAGAAGAAGAAGACCAUAGCGUCGGUGGCGAACGGAUUGAUUCAAAAGACCAAGUUUGAUGCGGAUUUGCUCGAGGAGAGCUUGAAGGAGAAGAAGCAAAACACCGAUUUGGAGUUGCAGGACAUUGUGAGUGAUUUCUUGAAGCAAACACAGUUGACCUUGGUCCCUGAAGUUGGGUUCAACGAUGCCGUGAAGAAAAUGUUGGAGAAUGAAGAUAAGAGUAGCUUGAGCCAGUAUAUCAAUAGCGAGAUCAAGAAGGAGACGAAGGCACUUUUGAAUGUUGAUAUAGACGAGGCAGAGUUUCAUGGUGGAGAUGGCGGCAACGAGCAGCAUCCAAAGAAGAUGCUCAAGCAGAUCUUGAUGCAUACGAAAAGCGCAGGCUAUUCGGGAGGCGUGGACAUGGACAUGGACGUGUCCUUGAACUCCUCUUCAACCAAGAAGAAAUCAACAACAACAGCUGCAAAGAGAAGUGGCAAGGAGAAAAGCAAGGAAAUCAUCGACUCGAGUGAUUCUGAAGUCGAUGUGGCUGAGUUGGGUACGCGACAACCAACAUCUAGACGUCGAAACGCCGCGCCGAAGGGAUCUUUCGCUGACGAGGAGGCAGAUGCUCAGAUUAUCAGCAGUGAAGAUGAAUAUUAUCCAGAGCCUACUAAGAAAAAAGCAACAAUGAAGAGUGGAAAUAGAUCUGGCCUGACGAGAACUGGACGAGCUAAGCGAUAG